CAGGAGCUGACAUUAACUGCCUGCUACUGCUCUCUGGACUCCAGAUACCACCAUGACUGAACGCUUUGACUGCCACUACUGCAAAGAGUCCUUGUUUGGUAACAAAUACAUCCUGAGAGAGGACAGUCCCUACUGUGUGAAGUGCUAUGAAAGCCUUUAUUCCAACACCUGCGAGGAAUGCAAAAAACCCAUUGGUGCUGACUGCAAGGAUCUGUCUUACAAGGAGCGGCACUGGCACGAAACCUGUUUCCACUGCUUCCAGUGCAAGAAUUCACUGGUGGACAAGCCCUUUGCUGCAAAAGAGGAGCACCUACUUUGUACUGAUUGCUACUCCAAUGAAUACUCUUCCAAAUGUAACGAAUGCAAGAAAACUAUUAUGCCAGGCACUCGGAAGAUGGAGUACAAGGGCAGCAGCUGGCACGAGACCUGCUUCAUCUGCUACCGCUGCCAGCAGCCCAUCGGGACCAAGAGCUUCAUCCCCAAGGACAGCCAGAACUUCUGUGUGCCCUGCUAUGAAAAGCAGUUUGCCAUGCAGUGUGUCCAGUGCAAGAAGGCUAUCACCACGGGCGGCGUUACGUACCGGGAGCAGCCCUGGCACAAGGAGUGCUUCGUCUGCACCGGCUGCAAGAAGCAGCUCUCCGGGCAGCGCUUCACCUCCCGGGACGAGUUCGCCUACUGCCUGAGCUGCUUCUGCAACCUCUACUCCAAGAAGUGCGCCGGGUGCACAAACCCCAUCAGCGGGCUCGGAGGAACCAAGUACAUCUCUUUUGAAGAACGGCAGUGGCACAAUGACUGCUUUAACUGCAAGAAGUGCUCCCUCUCCUUAGUAGGACGUGGCUUCCUCACAGAACGGGAUGACAUUCUCUGCCCUGAAUGCGGAAAGGAUAUUUAAGGCUCAAAA